UCGCCCAUGUUUCUCUUUCAAGCCCACACAAAUCCUUCACCAUAUCUUCUCUUCUUGUCCACCAAUUAAGUAAAAGAAAAAACACAAAAUUGAGAAAAAACCAAACUAGCGCGCAGAAUGAGAAGCAUUCCUAUUCCUCCAACAACCACAACCAAUACAUUAGCACCAACAAGUUCUACAGUGGUGGUGGUGACAACAAUGACAACGAUGACGAACAAAACCUCUGUUCCUUCUGCAUGGCACUCUCCAGUGCCCUACCUCUUCGGAGGCCUCGCUGCCAUUAUGGCUCUCAUAGCCUUGGCACUGUUGAUGCUCGCUUGCUCCUAUUGGAGGCUCACACAAGAGAGUAAUAACAAUAACAACAACAACGUGGUGAAAGAGGGUGAUGAUGAUUCUGAAAAGAAGGAACAGCCUAAGGUGUACGAGGAGAAGAUCCUAGUCAUCAUGGCCGGGGAUCACAACCCAACCUUCUUGGCCACCCCUUCAUCCUCCUUUGGUUGUUGUAGCAAUUUCGAUCACAAAAAACACCUAGGAAAUUCCGAGGAUUCCAACAACUCCUACAAAGAAACUGUGGACGACCAUGUUGUUUUGAAUGCUACACAUGAAAGUGGAAGUGCUCGACAUGAUCAACAUAGUGAAAAUUUAUGAGUUUCGAUCUCCAGCAGGAUUUUGUCUACCAGUUCGAAUUUCAACAGCAGAUCACAUUCUCUUUUCUUCUCAAUUGGUAUGCAGUCACCAAUCUAAGAUUUUGUUUCACCUGUUAAUUGGGAAUUAAGGUUUUGUAGUAGUGGUCCAGAUUUGAGAAAGGGGACUGGUAGAAUGAAAUUCCAAUUUUGUUUAUUUUUUCCUUCAAUAUAUAACUCUUUCUUCCA